AUGUCCGCUACAUGGAAUCUACGAAUGAAUCCAUCUAAAUACGAAACCAUUGUCUUCCGUGUUUCCGCCAGAACAGUGAUCAAGGCCAAGAGGGUAAAAACUGAAAACUUCACCAUCACUACGUUCAACCCGGACACAGAAGAACCAGUUACCAUUCCAAUCAAAGACAGUGUCAAACCCAUCUUAACCUACGGUGCCCCGGUACUUUGGAAUCUGGGUGCAGCCCAAAUGAAAAAAUUAAGAAAGCUGGAAAGGGCCUGCUUAAGGGUUGCUCUGAGAAGUUACAAAUCAACCGAAUCCAACUACACACACAAUGUCAAAAACACAGACCUAUACAACGAAGCGAAAAUCCCAAGGAUUGAUAACUUCUGGCCAAAACUCACCAGGGAUUACUUCCCCAAGUUGAAGUCCAUUGAUAAUGAAUUAAUCCAACGUCUCUGCGAAUCAAAUCCGGCUCGAGUAAAAGAAAACUCCCAGACUGGGUUCCUACAGCCACAAGCCUUUACAGUCCUCAAACAACAAGGCGUGAUUCAAGAUCACUUCAAUAUUCCUGUUUUAUACCAUAAGAGCAGUCACAUGAGUGACAAAAAAAUUCUCUGGUCUAAGAGUCAAAAUUACAUUGGACUAAAAUAUUCCAAGAUGAUCCCUGACCUCGACAAAAACAGCUUUUACCGGCGGACCGGAACACACCCCAGAUGA